ACUGGUCAGCUUUCACCUUUCUUUGACCUGAUUGAUCGCUAUAUAUAUAUACACCUUACUGCGAUUCUCUUCAAUGCCAUCUCACCUGUUAUUACAUAAUAUAACAACAAUCCUUCAAAGUUCGGUGCAGUUCAUUAAAACGAAUGGCGUUUCUUUAAGGCACAAACAUAGGAGCAAAUUGUGUGAUAUUUUGUUUGCAAGUUUACAAUAUUCUUAAGGGAAAACAAACAUAUCAGAUGGAUUUACAUAACAUAAAGUCUAUGAUUGAUCGGACAGACAAACAUACAAAAGAAACUGUGGACAAUACAGGAAUUUCCAAACAACUACUGAAAAUGAUCAGUUCCUUAAACUUUCCAGGAUCAAGGGAUGUGUCACUGACGUCUUCUUCUGAUCAACCUAUGACGUCAGGAAUACGUCAGUUUACGCUGGAUGACGUCGCACGUCACUGUGAUUCAAGGUCAUGUUGGUUGGCGUUAUCAGAUAAAGUAUACGACGUCACAGAAUUCCUUAUAGAGCAUCCCGGCGGUGAAGAAAUAAUUAUGGAGAAUGCUGGGACUGACGCCACUGUGCCAUUUGACACUAAAGGGCACAGCCAGGAUGCUUAUAAGCUCCUUCAAAAAUACUGUAUAGGUGAACUCACGGAGGCAGACAGACGAUUCAAAAAGUAGUGUUUAUUUAACCACAGUUAACCACAAUUAUGGAAUCUCCGCAACCACGCUUUGCCUGCAGGUCGGGCAUUGACUUCGGACGAAACUAUUUCCCGUACACUGGCGUAUCGCGCCGUAUACGUACAAUUACUUGUCCAUCGAGUAAAUUUGUAAAUAGAAAUAUUGUUUAUAAAUACAAACUGAACUGCACAUAUAAAUACGGUAAAAUGAAGUCAUACAUUAUUAUUAUAUUGUGUGUAUUGAAUAAUUAUAUUGUGUGUAUUGGGCUUCUGGUGAAAGGUCGUCCUCGUGGACAAUACUUGUUUGGUUCGACCAAGUAUGCUAUAUAUAACUUUUCUUAAAACACGUGUUUUUCAUUUACAUACAGAUUUUGUUUUAUAAUAAAACUGAUGUGACAUAGGUAUGCGCUACAUACGGAUGCAACAGGAUUGAAACACUUGCUUUUUGUAAAAUGCUUAUUUUUAUUUUUCAUUCUAUAUGGUUAUGUCUUAAUUAUAAUGGAUUUGUUUGUAUAUACAUGCAAUUCAUAGUUUCAACUAUAUGUUGAUUUCAGUUGCUUUGUUUUCUUUUUUAUUUGUUAUCUAUUUAUAUAUAAUUGUUUCAAUAAAAACAUAAAAUGUC